AUGGCUGUUGCAUCUCAUAGCCAACCAGACCUCUCAGGCACUGCUGGCUUUGGCACGAGAGUCGACUCGAUGACCAGAUGGAUGACACCGAGGAGAACGACGACAACACAAUUAGAAGAGGGGAAACGGUCCCUACUUCAUACUGCCGAGUCAACUUUGGAUCUUCUUGACAUUGUCCUUAGAAGCGCCAGAAGGAUAACCUAUGCUGCGAUCUGCCUUGUUCUCUUCCUCUUGGCUGGGUAUUUCGUUGCAUGCUUUCUCUUCUAUCAGUAUGUCGUGCCAGCUACUGCAGGAGUGCUCAUCAUAGGAGGCAUAUUUGACCUUCUUCGAGGGUUGCGAGGCGUCCACAGAAUAAGAAGUCAAAGGCUUGAGAAGCAAACACAUAUAUGA